GAGGUCAGUUGUCAGAGAAACACUCAGCGGCACCCCUGCAUAGUUCUGCUUAGCAGUGCAGUAAGAAGCUCUGAUAAUUAUCCAAGGCGUGUGUAGACAGCUGCUGCAACGAUGAAGGCAGGCUUACUUUCUGGUAUGGUUCUGCUCUGCACUCUGAGUGCAUUUGCUGAGGUGCCAGUGCAAAGUAACUUUGACAUCGAUAGGUUUAUAGGUAAAUGGUUUGGUAUUGGACUAGCUUCUACAUCGUCCUGGUUUCAGAACAUGAAGGACAAGAUGAAGAUGUGUACGAACGUCAUAAAGCCCAUGGCUGACAACUCACUGGAUGUCACCCGCACCUUUUUAACGUCAGAAGGUUGCAAACAGAAAAACAAUAUUUAUAAGCUAACAAAUGAGCCUGGACGUUUCCACUCCACAAGCACCCGUUCUGGAGCUCUGAAGGUUGUCACCAUGGUGGAAACCAAUUAUGACGAUUAUGCCAUUGUGCACACUGUGAAAAACAAAAGCACUGAGCCUUCCAUUGUUGUGCAGUUACUUGGGAGGACCAAAGUCCAGAGUCCUGAAGUUAUUGAGAAAUUCAUAUCAUUUUGCCAGCAACAGGGGCUUACUCCAGAGAAAAUUGUGAUCAUGCCUGAAUCAGAAGAAUGCACUGUGGCAGUUGUCUAAGUCUGGAAGCGCAAAGGUGUGAAAAAGCAUUUAAAUUACACUAAAAGGAAGAAGAUUUGCAUAAAUGACGUAUCGCGAGACAACUUAGCAUUAUGCAUCUAAUCAGCCGGGUUAUUCUGAUGCUCUUUGUACAAAUGCUGAUAGAUAAAUAAAUGCGUUAUUUUCAAACUUUAA